CCUGGCUUUCGCGUGGAUGGAGGGCCAUGGUGCCGAGCGAAGACGUGGAGGGUGUGCCGGACACUGUGGAGAACCAUCAUGACGACCCAGUCGCACAGGAGUGGGAGAUAGCUGUCGCCACGGGUUUUCACAUGUUCUUUGAAUUGGAGACCGGAGGAUUGGAGGAUGAGGAUGAGAUUCUGGCCGCCCUUCGGCAAGAAGAGAUCACCGAGCGAGUGGGGAAGAUCCUCUCUCGCAUGACACCGUGUGGGGUCGACAUCCUCCGUGGGACCAAGGCUUAUCAGGUUCUACAAGGCUUCGGCUCACCCUUGCGGCAUCCGAGCCCUUCUCUCCAUGCGAAGAGCUAUCCCACCGAAAAGAUUCAGACGUUUUGUAGCCACAGCUGGCAGGGGUGGUGGUUGGCCAAAUAUCUCACCCUCCUGCUGUUUUACAAUGGCACAGCUGCUGCUGUAGUCUCAUCCAUAGGGGCUGCCAUAGCUGCUGGCCUCUUUUGCUUCGACGUCCUGCCAAUAUUGAAAGCCGAGGAUUCGCAAUACUGGUCGUCCUUUUGGGCAGUGAUUGUGGGUGGGCUACUGUAUGUCAUCACGCUGCUCUUUUGGCGGCGUUCAUCCUCUCUCUUCCUUGACACCAUCUGCAUCGAUCAAGUGGACCCAGCCCGAAAGUCCAAAGGCCUGUUCAGCAUGGGCGCUUUUCUGAAGUCUUCCAACUCAAUGCUUGUGCUGUGGGACGCCUCAUACUGCUCUCGCUUGUGGUGCAUGUUCGAGGUGGCCGGAUUUCUCCGGAGCCGUCCUGACAGUGAGAAGCCAAGACUAAUCAUGAGGCCGACCAUACUGGGCCCAUGUUACAUCUUGCAGACCUUCACCGUCUUCAUUGUUUUUGUGAGUGUUGGCCUUGUACCUGAUCAUACUCCAUGGGUGUUCUUUGCUUUUCAGGCAUUGGUUUGCUUCUGUGGGUUUUACAUCAAUGUUGCUGCCUACCGGAACUAUUUCUCGUCCAUCGAGAAGAUGCAAGCUGAAUUGUGCGGUUUUGCCUUGCAAAACACAGCUUCCGAUUGCUGCAGCAGAGAGCACAAGCUGCCAAACGGAGACAAGAUGAUAUGUGACCGGGAUUGUAUUUGUAAGUGCAUUUCCGCAUGGUUUGGUCGCCUGGACAACUUUGAGAACAGAGUUCGGACUGAGGUGUUAAGCUGUCUAACUGAACAGCUUACUACUCAAUUCUUCACCUAUAGACAGUGCGUGACCACCAUGGUUCCAAUUCUUUGGUCCUUCAUGGACACUGGCUCUGCGCAUGUGCGCUUGAGUCAGAAGCCUGACCAUCUCCCAUGGCUCAUGGGAGCCAGAGAGAUGGCUCGAGGAUUUGCAUGGUGGCUGGGCGUUGCUCCAGUCGCCUUGCUGGCUGGCUUUCGGAUCUCCUUCUACCUGCGGCGAAGAUGGAAUUGUGGUAGGUGUGAUUUUUGGCUCAACGUCCCACCCCUCCUGGCCGUCGUUGUGGUCGUUGCCAUCAUGGUGCAACUGGAACAGUUGUGCUUUGGUGCCUUCCGGGCCAAGUCGGAAUUUCUGGUGAAUAUGCUGGUCUUUGCAGCUGUGGUCCUUCCCCUCGCAGCUCUUCUCUUCGGAUGUGUUGGUGCGCAUCCAGGCAUGAACCGCAAAAAGGCUGAGAUACGCUACUCGCCGCGGAGUCCUUCCUCAUGACAAGGGGGCAUGAAAGAAGCACCGGCGUAAGCAGGAGUUGGAUGGACAAGGCAUUUUGAACUUACGACAUGUGGCACCAGCCGCGACAUGCCUGGUGUCCACAGUCUCACUGGCUGCGUUGCGGUCUGCAGCUGGAGAGAAGAAGAAUCGUGAAUCCUUUUUGUGCCUGGGUUGGGUUUUAGCAGGCUUUUGUACAGCUUCUCUCAGAAGCUAACGAGGAGCUUUGUAUACUGGCUCAAGUACAUAUCAAGGUGAGGAGCGCCAGUCCUACCAAGGUGGUUGUUUACCACUCACAACCAUGUCUCACAAUGUUCUCAUGUUCGCGCAGGUCAUGUCAGAAUUAUUUGUU